GCCACCUCGGCCCUCGCCAUGGCCGUGGCCAACGGCCUCCCCUCACGGUCUCGGUGUGGCUGGAGGGGGCUCCUCCUCCCGCCAUGGCGGCCGCGCCGCGCCGCACGCCCCGCCUCCCUCCUCGUCGGCGCGCGACGGCGUUUGGGCCCGGCCGCGCAGCGCUCCGCGGCGGCGAGCCAGUGCUGCAAUUCCACGAUGCUGAGAGGAGUUGCUCACAGUGCAAAAGAUAUAUUUACACUACUGUUGGCAAGAUCUCAGUACUGUAACCCUGGAUUGAAUUUUUCAUUGUUAUGGACUGAAGUAACAAACAGAAGCAUUCUACCUCAUUCCCAUUAUACAACUGAUAAAAGAUCAAGAGAGGAAAAUAAAGAAAUAAUCAAGAGUCUCUACAGAUUGUCAGUUGAUAUUAAGAAAAUACGCAGACUAAAGGAAUGGGUCCUUUUCCAGGAUGUGGCAUAUGUUAAAGAAGUUGCUAAUAUCUUACAAGAAAUGGGAGCAGAUGAGACUACCAUAGCCAGUAUUUUAGAACGUUGGCCAGAGGCAAUUCUCCGUAGCCCUGCAGAGAUAAACUCUCAAAGAGCUCUGUGGCAAUUAGUAUGCCAGAAUGAAAAACAGCUGAUUAAAUUAAUAGAGCAGUUUCCAGAGUCUUUUUUUACUACUGAGUAUCAUGAGAAUCAGAAAGCAAAUAUUCUGUUUUUUCAAGAGUUGGGACUUAAGAAUAAUAUAAUCACUAGGUUCUUGACAAGCGCACCCAGUAUUUUUUACAAUCCUGUUGAGAAAAACAAAGAUACAAUAAAGACAUUACAGAGAAAUUAUUUGAGUUUAGGAGGUUCUGAUGCAAAUAUGAAAAUUUGGAUAAUGAAGUUAUUGAGCCAAAAUCCAUUUAUUUUAUUAAAUACUGCCACUGCAGUCCAGGAGAACUUGGAAUUUCUCCAGAAGAAUGAUUUCACUAACCAUGAAGUUCUACAGCUGCUGUCCAAACUUAAGGGUUUUAUUUUUCAACUUACUCCUACUACUAUGCAGAAGAGCAUGCUUUUUUCCAAGAAUGUCUUUAAGUGCAGUGAUCAAGACUUAAAACAGCUAGUGCUGAAAUGCCCAGCCCUUCUCUACUAUUCUGUUGCAAUUUUGGAAGAAAGAUUUGAGGGACUAUUGAAGGAAGGAAUUUCUAUAGAGCAGAUCAAAGAGACACCAGUGGUGCUGGAGUUGACAACACAGAUUGUUCAGUACAGAAUUAAAAAACUCUCUGCCUUAGGAUACAAUAUAAAGAGUGGAACUCUAGAAACUUUGAAUGGUACUAAGAAAGAUUUUGAAGUCAGUUAUGGUAAGAUACAAUCAAAGAAGGAGAGACCAAUGUUUAAUCCUGUUGCUCCUGUAAACAUUGAAGAUUAAUUUGAAUACUUAAAAUUAUGCAAAAGAAAAUGAUCAAAGAGAAAAUGGAGAUCUCAAUUCUUUCUUCAGAACUGAAACAAAAGUUACCUUAACCAGCUUGUAUUCUUACACUACACUUUGUCCUGGAAUAGAGUUUUAUGCAUAACUUGGUUAUAAAACUAUAGCUUUCUAACACUUUCAAAGAAUGUCACAGAACCUGACUAUGAUCAGAACUGACUUGCUACCAUUUAUGUAAAGACUUGAUCCCUCCCUCUCCCCCAGGGAUUACUUCACAUGUGGGUUUUUUGGUUCUGUUGCAUUUCCUUAUUUAACUAGCUGCGAGUUUUUCUGGAUUUUCAGCUCUAUCAUUGCACAGUCUGAUCUAUGGCAUUGACUAGUAUAAUCUCUGUUUGCAGAAAAGAGAAGGAGGGUUAUUCAUCCAGUAGCGUUCAUCAACCCACUGGUACACUUAAUUUUAAGAACUCUCUUAGGGUUCUCUUCCUUAUCCUAGAUCCUGAACUGAAGCUGACGACUUCCUGGAUGGCAGGAAGCUGCACCUAGAGCAGUUUGAGAACAGCGGCAGGACGCUCCUUUUAAGUAGUGACCACUCCAGUGAGGCCCUAUUCUUUUUACCUACAAACUGUAAUGCUAAUAAACUACAAAGACAUUCUCCUUUAAAUUUUUGAGACUUCAGAAUUGAUUCAUUUUGUAAAAAGUUUGGGGGAGGAGGAAAUAUAUUUAUUGCAAAUGUCUAGUUCUUAAUUUCGUCUUUUCUAGACAGGCAAAAAAAAAGUCACGCUUUUAUAGUAGGUGUAACAAAACUCUAGUCUGUGAACCACUGGUGAUUAAAAAUGACAACCAGAUUUGCAAACAGCUGCCACAGUUUCUAAAUAUAUUGGUGAGCUGGCUUCUCAGAUAUCACUGGUAACUGUUGACAAGUAAGUGCUGGCUUUUAAAUAGUAACUAUUGGACAGUGUUUAAGUUCUAGUUUUUUGUUGUUUUUUUUUAAAUGGACUAUGCAUAAUGGCAUAAAAUAGUAGCAUCAUUAAAGAUUAUCUCAAUAGAA